GAUUAUUCCAGUGAUGAUACUAAACUAGAAUACAAUGUAGAUGCAGCCAAUGGUAUUGUUAUGGAAGGUUAUCUAUUUAAGCGAGCCAGCAAUGCCUUCAAGACUUGGAACAGGCGCUGGUUCUCAAUACAAAAUAACCAACUUGUGUACCAGAAGAAAUUUAAGGAUAAUCCCACAGUAGUUGUUGAAGACUUGCGGCUUUGCACGGUUAAACACUGUGAAGACAUAGAAAGACGUUUCUGUUUUGAGGUGGUUUCUCCAACAAAAAGCUGCAUGCUUCAGGCUGACUCGGAAAAGCUGCGGCAAGCAUGGAUUAAGGCUGUUCAGACCAGUAUUGCUACAGCAUAUAGAGAGAAAGGGGAUGAAUCUGAGAAACAGGAAAAGAAAUCAUCCCCUUCUACUGGAAGCCUAGAAUCUGGCAGUGAGACAAAAGAGAAGUUGUUAAAGGGAGAAAGUGCUCUACAGCGGGUUCAGUGUAUUCCUGGUAAUGCUGCCUGCUGUGAUUGUGGUUUGGCAGAUCCUCGCUGGGCCAGUAUCAACCUAGGAAUCACGCUGUGCAUUGAGUGCUCUGGGAUACACAGGAGCUUGGGAGUCCACUUUUCAAAAGUAAGAUCUUUAACGCUGGAUUCAUGGGAACCUGAACUUCUAAAGCUUAUGUGUGAAUUGGGAAAUGAUGUUAUAAAUAGAAUUUAUGAAGCGAAGUUGGAAAAAGUGGGAGUAAAGAAGCCACAACCUGGAAGCCAAAGGCAGGAGAAGGAGGCAUACAUCAGAGCUAAAUAUGUGGAAAGAAAGUUUGUAGAGAAGCAGCCUGCAUCAGUAUCUCUGCUUGAAUCUGGAACAAAAGUUUUGUCUCAAAGUCAGGAAGAGAAAAGGCACAGUGGCCCUGAGAAAUCCCUUUUGGCAGGGGAACAAGGUGCAUCAUCCCAAAAAGUACGAAGCAGUGACAGUGGGAUCCAGCAGAGUGCUGAUGACAGCAGAGAAGGCCUUGCCUCUACUAUAUCAGCUAACAGUUUGUAUGAACCAGAAGGAGACAAGCAAGAGUCUUCUGUGUUCUGUGACUCCAAACAGCCUAGUCCAGGACUGCAGCUGUAUCGAGCUGCCUUUGAGAAGAAUCUUCCCGAUAUGGCAGAAGCAUUGGCCCAUGGAGCUGAAGUAAACUGGGUCAAUGUAGAAGAAAACAAAGCAACACCACUCAUUCAGGCAGUGCGAGGGGGUUCGUUGGUUACUUGUGAAUUCUUGCUGCAGAAUGGGGCCAAUGUGAACAUCAGGGACAUGAAAGGAAGAGGACCCCUGCACCAUGCCACAGUUCUAGGACACACUGGACAAGUGUGUUUAUUCCUAAAACGAGGAGCAAACCAGCAUGCCACUGAUGAAGAUGGGAAAGAUCCAUUGAGUAUAGCAGUAGAAGCUGCAAAUGCAGAUAUUGUAACAUUGUUGCGUUUAGCAAGGAUGAAUGAAGAAAUGCGUGAAUCAGAAGGACUGUAUGGACAGCCAGGAGAUGAAACUUAUCAGGAUAUUUUUCGUGACUUUUCUCAAAUGGCAUCAAAUAAUCCAGAGAAGCUAAACCGUUUCCAGCAGUCAGAUUCCCAGAAGUCUUAAGUGUCAAGAUGGAAAAGAACCUGAUGCUUAUAGUGCAAGACUUUUUUUUUUUUUACUUUAACAGGAUGAAUUAUAUGCAUUUUGUUAGAUAGUUUGGAUAAAAUGACCACUCCGAUGUAGCUUUAGAUUGUGGUAGCUGGGGAAAUGUAUGAGUUGUUUUAUGUUUCACAGUACGUAUACCUCAGCAGCUGAAGAGGAGGUUUAAAAAAAGGAAUACCUGCUAGCUCAGUAUAAAAGUAGUACCUGUUAGCAAGUACAAAGUUUGUCUGCAGCUCAUACCUAAAACUAGCAGAGCGCAGCUAUAUGAGCUGCAGACUUGGGAUGGCAGGAUGGUCAGACCAGCUUUGCUAUUUAGUAUUGAGUGCUGUCAUCGCUCUCCCUAUCGCCAUAAAGAACGUGCCUCUGACAAGAAGGUCUGGAUUGCAUUUUCUGGGACUGUUUUGAACAGAAAUCGAGCAAUGACUUACUGAGUUGUUCUAUUUGUGGGCCUAUAACUUAACAGAUUCUCUUGUUCCUACGCUGACUCUGGUUAGAGGUAGGCUGUUAAUAACAAGACAUGGUAACUCCUGCCCUUUUGCAAGCUCUUUCACAGUGGAAGCUUUAGCACCAGGCUGGCCUUUAUGCUAGUGACUGCGGGUCAGUCACAAUAGGUAUAUGUCCUGGAGGACCAAACUUCUAAGAGCAGUCUAUUUUCUUUUUUUUUCCUCUUAAUUUAAACUUUCUGUGCAGCAAGUAUACUUUAAAUAAGCAUGUGGAACCUUUCAUGAGAAAUAAACUUAAUCCUUCU